AUGGCUGAACCUACUAAAGUGACCCCAACGGGCACCGAUGAGAAAACUCACAACAGUAGCAUUGAUGCUAAAGAGAAUGCGCCCCCUGUUGAAGUCGCGGCGGUCAUAGCUCAUGAGAUCGCACAUGAGGUGGAUGACAGCAAAUACUCGCCUUGGACCAAGUCUAUGUUUACUCUCUACGGUGUUUUGUUCGUUGCAUACUGCUGCGGCGCUCUGAAUGGCUAUGACGGUUCAUUGAUGGGUGGCCUUAAUGGAAUGACUUCGUAUCAACGCACGUUCAACAUGAAAACCUCUGGUUCAAGCACCGGUAUUGUCUUCAUGAUGUACAACGUCGGCUCUGUUGCAGCAAUUUUCUUUACUGGACCGGUCAAUGAUCUUUUUGGGCGUCGUUGGGGCAUGUUCACGGGUGCGGCGUUAAUUAUCGUCGGUACUGCAGUACAGGCAACAAGCCAAGAUGUUCCCCAUUUCCUCGGAGGUCGUUUCAUCUUAGGCUUUGGCGUUUCCUUUUGCUGUGUUUCUGCACCUACUUAUGUCAGCGAACUGGCUCAUCCUAAGUGGAGAGGUACUCUUACCGGUCUUUACAACUGCAUGUGGCCUGUGGGUUCCAUUAUCGCUGGUUGGACAGUUUAUGGCUCGUCUUUUAUUCCAGGCGAUGAUGGUUGGAGAAUUCCAGUCUGGAUUCAGAUGGUCACUAGCGGAAUUGUGCUUAUUUUUGUGUUCUUCCUCCCUGAAAGUCCCCGCUGGCUUGUUGCCAACGACAGGCACGAGGAAGCAGCCAGAGUUCUUACAAGACUUCACGGCGAGAAAGACCCUGAUCACCCCAUCGUCCAGCUGCAAAUGAAGGAAAUGAUGGCCCAGAUCUCCAUCGAGGCUAGUGACAAGAAGUGGUGGGACUACCGCGAUCUAUGGAACACUAGGUCCGCACGCAGAAGAUUGAUUUGUGUUCUUGGCAUGGCUAUCAUGGGACAGGCUUCUGGAAACUCACUCUCCAGCUACUACCUCGUCACUAUGAUGAAUACUGCUGGCAUUGUUCAAGAGCAGAAAGUCUUGGCUCUCAACGCAGUCAAUAACGUUCUUGGUCUCAUUGGAAGUGUCAUUGGUGCUCGUUUGACAGAUCGCGUCGGCCGUCGCCCCCUGCUUAUCUACAGCAUCCUCUUCUGUAGCAUGACGUUCGCUGUCAUGACAGGUACCUCAAAAAUGGCCGUGGACAAUCCAUCCAACACAAACGCGGCCAACACAACUAUCGCCUUUGUCUACCUCUUUGGCGUUGUUUUCUCUUUGGGAUGGACAGCUCAACAAAGCAUGUACAUCGCGGAGACCUUGACCACUACGACCCGCGCCAAAGGAACCGCCGUUGGCAAUUUUGCUUCGUCCGCUAUUUCUCUAGUUCUGGCCUACAGUUCAGGUCCCGCAUUCGAGAAGAUUGGAUAUUACUUCUAUUUGGUCUUCGUAUUCUGGGAUAUUCUGGAGGCAAUCUUCAUCUUCUUUUUCUUCCCAGAGACUAAGCAUCGCACACUCGAGGAGUUGGAGGAGGUCUUUACUGCUCAUAACCCCGUGAAAAAGAGUUUGGAGCCCCGCAAUGCUGCGACUGUGCUCGAGACUAUGAAGGUUCCCAACGAGAAAUUUAUGGAUGUGGAGCAUGUGUGA